UGUGAAAAAAAAGUUUGGAGGUCUCGCUGCAAUCACUUUUCUCCAACUUAGUUUCCCAUACUUUGUGUGUGUGCGUGUGUGUUUCUGUGGGGAGGGAGGGGGGGUUCUUGUUUUUUUUUUCUCCACUUGAGACGACUUUUAGGUCAACGUGGGCACCGGGAAUCGGUGUCCGUCUGAGUGGUUUCCCGGCUGUGAUUUUUCCAGUUUAUUUCUCCUGCAGGAAUACUGGUAGCGAGAGAGAGAGAGAGAGAGAGGGGGGGGGGGGGUAGAGAGAGAGAGCGAGAGGGGGAAACGUCCCGGCUGCUUGAAGAUUUUUAUUUUCGACACCAAAAAAACUUUCGGCGACAUGGACGCGCACCGCGGCGCGCCUCCGGUCGGGCAGCAGAUCGUGCACGUCCGCGGGGACUCGCAGACGGAGCUGGAGGCCCUGUUCAGCGCCGUGAUGAACCCCAACAAGUCGGCCAGGCAGCCGUCCUCUCUGCCCAUGAGGAUGAGGAAGCUGCCGGACUCCUUCUUCAGGCAGCCGGACUCCCGAGGCCACUCCAGACAAGCCAGUUCGGAUGGAGGUGUGUGUGGCUCCCUGACUCCUCAACACGUCCGCGCCCAUUCUUCCCCUGCCUCCCUCCCAGUCAACUCGCUCUCCACUCAAACAGCGGAUGUGGCCGCAGCGACGAUCGUACCCGACGACAUGAAACUCCCCCACGGUUGGGAAAUGGCCAAAACGCCCACCGGCCAAAGAUACUUCCUCAACCACCUGGAUAAGACGACCACCUGGCACGACCCGCGACUGUCGCAGCUUCAGUCGGCUGCGGUUCAGCAUCCCAUCUCUGGCACGCCGGUCCACGCCCACUCGCUCAGCAACCCGGCCCCAACCACGCAACAACAGAACACCAACCCAGAGACAGGUCCACUGCCUGAAGGCUGGGAGAAGGCUGUGACUGCAGAUGGAGAGGUGUACUACAUCGAUCACAUAGAUAAGACCACCGCAUGGGUCGACCCGCGUCUAGCCCAGAAGAUGAAAUCUGGCAUCGUAGGCUUGGCACCGCAGCAAAGGCAGGAAAAGGAAAGGCUCCGAUGCAAACAAGGCCUCCCUCCGCAAAUCACUCAGGAGGCAGGAGGAAGGAACCAGAUGCCUGGUGGGAUGGACCAUGACAGGAAGGCACAGACGCUUGUCCCUCCCCUGGAUGUAAGGAUCAGAGGCUCCAACCACGAACCCACACUUAAUGGCGCUCACUCUCGCAACGAGAGCACUGACAGCGGUCUAAGUGUCAGCAGCUUACCCCGCUCAUCGGACCACAUGUUGAGCUCUGUGGAUCACAUGGACACUGGUGACUCCGGCGAGACCUCCUCGAUGACCGUGCAGGAGUCGAUGUCUGUGCUCCCCAUGUCGGAGGGGGAGGAGUUAAUGCCUUGCAUCCCGGAGAGUCUCACUUCCGACCUUCUGAUGGACAUGGAGACCGUUCUCUCCGGGUCGCACAUGGAUAGAGACAGCCUGCUCACCUGGCUAUAGACCAACCCGGCCGUGGCCCAAAAUAUGGUCUGACAUCAAAUCUCCAUGACAUAAAAUGUCAUGAAAUCUGGGGAAUCCUUGGCUUCGAUAGUGGUACAGAACAACGGCACUGAAAGAAUAUGCUACUUCUAGAUGAUGGAUCCCUCGCAGUACUCGCACCCUGAGGAAUAAGAAAAAACAGACUUUUGCGGACAGGUGGUAAGCUGCUGGCUUUCUCUUUUUGGGCUCUUACAGAUAUGCAUAAAGGAGUAUUUUCCCAACACUUUUUUAGUCAUUGACCUCCCCGAUGAUGCUCAACCAUGUCUCGGGUAAAGAGUACAGAUUUCUAUUAUUACCCCGUCGAGGGUAACAGUGUAUGCAGCCAACUUUUGAAAACAGUGACAGGUUGAUGAAGUCUGGAUGUGGCAGAUAAAUAAAUGUAAAAAAAAAGAAAAACUAGACAUGUUCACAAA